GUACUACGUUUUGUUUCUGCGACACAACACACUUCCUGUACAACUGAAUUCCUAUUUCGAUUGGAAAGGACAAGACUUUUCAUUGCAGCUGCUCUUUCAACCCAUUUCUCCUGCCUCGACACCCUCGCAAUAAAUUUCUUCCUUUGUCACGUUUCGCCCUCGAGAACCCCGCAGAUACUAAAAUACGAUCGAAUAUCAAGCACAAACGAUACCUGGUGCUAUCGUAAAAGAGAGGACAAGAUAUUACACAUUUUGAAGGGAGGAGAAGAUUUCGUAAUCGCCCAAGAUGUUGAAGAUCUGGUCUAUGAAACAAAAACAGCAGCAAGCUGAAAAUGCUGAUGGUGGUGCUGCGAAGAAAAAGAAAGUUACUGCUGCUCAGUUGCGUGUUCAGCGAGAUCUACAAGAACUCUCCCUCGGUUCAACGAUGAAAAUGUCCUUUCCAAACCCCGACGACAUCCUAAACUUUACUCUAACCAUCGAGCCGGACGAAGGAAUGUACAAAGGCGGCAGUUUCAACUUCACCUUCGCCAUUAACCAAAACUUUCCCCACGAUCCACCAAAAGUGAAAUGUACCCAGAAGAUAUACCACCCUAACAUCGACUUGGAAGGAAACGUCUGUUUGAACAUUUUGAGGGAGGAUUGGAAACCGGUCUUGAAUUUGAAUGCGGUUAUAGUGGGAAUGCAGUUUUUGUUUUUAGAACCGAAUGCUUCUGAUCCACUCAAUAAGGAGGCUGCAGAGGAUUUGAGGUUGAAUAGGGAUGGGUUCAAGAAAAAUGUUAGGAAUUCAAUGGCAGGCGGGAGUGUGAAGGGGAUUACAUUCGAUCGUGUCUUGCGAUGAGCUUUCUACUUUGAUGAAGAGAGACGGAAGAUAUAUCAUGUUUCUUGUUUCUUUGCUUUUCUCCAUGGCGCUGCGGCAUUUAGAUGAUUAUUUGUUGCUGCACUUGACUUUCUUAAGCGAGGAUAUCUAUAGUUUAUGAGACUUGUCGUCUCGUGCUUUCAAGCUUGAUACAUGUGGGCAUUUAGAUACUAUACUUAUGAUUAUGGACUCAUGACCGC